CGUACUACGGCUAUUUCGUAGCGAAUGCAAUAACAGAAAUGAAACGGCAACUUUAUAAAUCGAUCAGGGCUUUAAUCGUGAGUUAUAGUUAAAGGUAUAAUUAGCUGUCUAGGCUACUGUACAGUGCUGAGUGCGUACAACCCCGCCUCUGUUGUGAAAUUCCUUCCUUGGUCUGUGCUGUGUGUAAACGUUAGCCCAGCCCCGCAGCCCGCCUACUCUCGGCCUGCUCCCCACAGCCCCUCUCCAUCCCUCUCCGCCUGCCACGGUCUCGCUUGGUCCGCCCGCAGCAUUCGCCUUCCAAGCGAGGAUUUUUCACUACAGAGAUGGCUGCGAAAGUGUGUAGAUCAGUCCUUCUCUUGUCCCGUAGCAGCGGAGCUAUGGCCAGCGGGCUCCCGGCUCUUGUUAUCUCAUCACAGCCGCACCACCAGCACAUAAGACCGGACCAGCCUGUCAGGAGAGCACAUGGCCUGCGAUCAUCCUCCCACUCGGCACUGUUCACCCAGCCUCCCACCACCCUCUCAACCGCCCUCUCAACCCAGGGUUGGAGGGGCGCCCCCUUGUGGCACGGCCAGAGGCUGCUGUGUUCCUCCACCACUCCAGAAGAGGUGACGGUGGAAUACCAGAAUGGGCUGCCGGUGAUCUCAGUCAGUUUGCCGUCCCGAAGUGACCGAUGCCAGUUCACUCUGAAGCCGCUCAGUGACUGUGUUGGGGUGUUCCUCUCACAGCUACAGGCGGAGGACAGGGGCAUCGACCGAGUAGCCAUCUACUCUACAGAUGGGACGAGGGUAGCCUCUUCUACAGGGAUAGACAUCCUGCUGUUGGACGAUUUCAACCUGGUCAUCAACAACGUUACGCACCUGGUGCGGCCGCCGCGGAGAGAUCUGCUGGCCCAUGAUGAGGCAGAGCGUCUGAACGACGUUAAGUUCCUGGUUCAGCAGCUCUACACCACCCUGCGUAUAGAAGAACACCAGCUGAGCAAAGAGAAGGAACUGGUCGUCAGAUUGGAGGACCUCAACUCACAGCUACGCCCACUGGAGAAGGUGAGGGAGGAGCUGAGUCGUAAGGCGGAGCGUCGUACCACCUGGGUGCUGUGGGGGGGCGUGGCCUACAUGGCAACACAGUUUGGGAUCCUGGCACGCCUCACCUGGUGGGAGUACUCCUGGGACAUCAUGGAGCCUGUCACCUACUUCAUUACCUACGCUACUGCUAUGGCCAUGUACUCAUACUACGUACUCACACGCCAGGAGUACAUCUAUCCUGACGCCAGGGACAGACAGUACCUGCUGUUCUUCCAUAAGGGGGUAAAGAGACAACGCUUUGACAUCCACAAGUACAACCAACUGAAGGACGCUAUCGCUGAGGUGGAGUUAGAUCUGAAGCGUCUGAGGGACCCCCUCCAGCUCCAACUCCCUGUCCAACAACUCACCGCUGCCAGCAAAGAUUGAUAUCCUCCCUUCCCUUAAUCCCUCCAUCCCUCCUUUCCUCACCUUCCCCUCUCUCUCCGUCCAUCUGCCCUCCUCAGACCUAUCCCUUUAGUGAACCUCCCUGGGAGUUGUUCUCUCUCUCUCUCUCUCUCUCUCUCUCUCUCUCUCUCUCUCUCUCUCUCUCUCU